AUGCCUGGCAAUUACCAUAACUUGACACGACAACUGGUCAAAUUAAACACGGCAGAUGUCGCGCAGGCUGCCAGGUCAAACUUGAGAAGGGUUUCCGCAGCUCGGAACGGGAAGAUGAUGUGUUUGUGCUUCGGGACCGACCAUAUCUAUUCCUACGCCGGAUUUUUGUCACACUUUCUCCAAUGUCCGAGGCUCGAACUCUUUGGGAAUCAAGUCAAGAAGGCAGGGUACCUGUCGAAGCACCAUACUUUGUUCAACGUAGACAGCUAUAAGGCGAAAGACCUGCCAUGGUUUCAAUGA